AAGACUAACCGAGAGGGGAUGGAAUUUGGGGGAGGGUUUAAAACAUUAGUUGGUGCUCAAUGGUUGCGAGUGUAGAGUGUGCGUUUGUCAGGGCGAGUGUGUGCGUGUCGUGUGUUAGGGGAAGUGCAGAGACAAGACAAGAAUACAGCACUAACCACAAUCUCCCCCACUCUCUUUUGCGCUGCCUCUCUCUUCAUCCCUUACACACACGCUCUCUCCCUCUCUCUCACAAACAGAUGCACACACUCCCUCUUCUCGGUGUUCUCUCCUCUCACUGCCUUUCUGAAUUCAGUGGGAUUUGACUCUCACUACGAUGUUUGCUGUCGCUGGAAGCUCUCUGCAGUGAACACGCUGAGGUUAUGCUACCCAAAAGUCCUCCGUUGAGUAAGAAAGAGAGUGAAAAUGGCUAAGGACUGCGUCGCAACGUACUGCCCUGACCUUGUGAUCAGCACGGAGCCAUGAGCAACCCUAAGGAUGCCAGCGACGCAAAUGUCGCCGCCAACACUAUGGCCACAGCCACCUCAGCUCCACCGGCCCCUUCUAGGCGGAGUGAAGAUGAUGAUGAAGAGCAGGACCUGAACAAGACCCUGGGGGUGCAACUCUUCCAGCAGAUUCUCCACCCACCAGCCCGUGGACCCCCAGAGAAACACCGUGCCUACAACGAGGAAGACUUUGAGUACCACCGCCACUCCUCCCACCACAUCCACCACCCACUGUCCAAACUACCCCCAGAAAGGAGGAAGAAGAGCAAGAAGAAGGAAGCGGGAUGGAGGAGAGGAUCCGGGACUGGCGGAGCACCCAACAUAGAGGAGGGCGAGGAAGAAGAGGAGGCAGACGAGCCCUACAGCCAGAACGAUGGAGAGGGGGGGCAGACCACCACACCCACACCUGCUACAGACACGGACACACAUAACGAGGGUGUGCAGUUCUUCGUGUCUGAGGAUGACCCUGCCAGUGUCACUCCUUCCCCCACGCACAGCAAGGCUGGCAGUGCCACCCUUCCCAGACGCCUCACCAUCGUACCUGAGACUGCCCUGGGUACCAACCUGCCAGAGGAUGCCACACCCACGGAUGAGCCAGUGGGCUCAGUGUUGGCCCCCAACAAAGGGAGGAAUAGCCUAUCCUCCGGCCCCUCCCAGGAGUCCCACAACCCCUCCACACGGGGCUCCACGCCUCCCUCCUCCUCCGCCUCCUCUUCCUCCUCCAGGACACCGCCCCCUGGCAGCCGCAGCUACGACCUGCAGGAGCGCCGGCGCUCGGGCAACAUGACGGGCGGGCAGCAGGAGCGCCACCAACGCCAGGCCACCGACGACAGCGAGGCCCAGAUGCUGGGGUCCGCCGACCUGGAUGGCAUCAAGAGUCACAGGUUCGAGGAUGUGCCUGCGGUGCACCGUCACCUGGUCAGGAAGAGCAACAAGGGUCAGGUGGUGCACAUCAACAAGGACCACAAGGAGCCUAGUGCCCACUGCUGCAAGUUGGACCGUACCCCACAUGAGGUGUUUGUGGAGCUGAACGAGUUGGUGAUGGAUAAGAACCAGGAGUUGCAGUGGCGGGAGACGGCCCGCUGGAUCAAAUUUGAGGAGGACGUGGAGGAGGAGACGGACCGCUGGGGCAAACCCCACGUUGCCUCGCUCUCCUUCCGUAGUCUUCUGGAGCUCCGCAAGACCAUCUCCCACGGUGCUGUGCUGCUGGACCUGAACCAGCACACCUUGCCUGGCAUUGCCCAUCAGGUGGUGGAGCAGAUGAUAAUCUCUGACCAGAUCAAAGUGGCGGACCGGGCCAAUGUCCUCAGAGCCCUACUACUCAAACACAGUCACCCGAGCGACGAGAAAGAACACAGCUCUUUCACGCAGAACAUCUCUGCCGCCAGCCUGGCCUCCCUGAUGGUGAACCACCACAGCAGCAGCAACCACAUAGGCCAAGCCGAGCCCUCUGUCACUGAACCCGUCAUGGGUGGAGGAGAGGCCGCCUGCAUCCUUCCAGACACCCGCAUUGACAUGGAGAAGAGCGAGAAAGACAAUCCGCCCAAAUUGGGCAUGCACAGGUCCAAGUCCAAACAUGAGCUCAAGUUGCUGGAGAAGAUUCCGGAAAAUGCAGAGGCCACCGUCGUCCUCGUAGGCACCGUGGCCUUCCUGGAGCAGCCAUCCAUGGCAUUUGUGCGUCUGCAGGAAGCUGUGCUGCUGGAGUCUGUGCUGGAGGUGCCCGUCCCUGUACGUUUCCUCUUCCUUCUAAUGGGCCCGCCCAUCGCUAACAUCGACUACCACCAGAUCGGCCGCUCUAUCUCCACACUUAUGUCUGACAAGCACUUCCACGAGGCGGCGUACCUGGCGGACGAGCGGCAGGACCUGCUGAACGCCAUCAACAGCUUUUUGGACUGUAGCAUUGUGCUGCCGCCGUCUGAGGUUGGCAGCGAUGAGCUGCUUCGCUCGGUGGCCCGCUUCCAGAGAGAGAUGCUCCACAAGAGAGAGGAGCAGCAGGGCAAGAAGCUCAAGGUCAAAGAACCCAAGAGCCCAAAUGAUAAAGCUCUGCAGGCGCCCUUCAAACCUGGGGAUGACCCUCUGCGCCGGUCGGGCCACCUGUUUGGGGGGCUGAUCAAUGACGCCGCACGGCGCUACCCCAAAUAUGCCAGUGACUUUCGUGAUGCACUCAACCCCCAGUGCAUGGCUGCUAUCAUCUUCAUCUACUUCGCUGCUCUGUCGCCCGCUGUCACCUUUGGAGGACUGCUGGGUGAGAAAACGGGGGGGUUGAUUGGCGUGUCGGAGCUGAUCAUCGCCACGGCGAUGCAAGGGGUCAUCUUUUCCCUCCUGGGGGCACAGCCUCUGCUGGUGGUGGGCUUCUCUGGACCCCUCCUGGUUUUUGAGGAGGCCUUCUACUCAUUCUGCAAUGCCAACCACAUAGAGUACCUGACAGGCCGGGUGUGGAUUGGCUUCUGGCUGGUGCUCAUCGUGGUCAUCAUAGUGGCCUUUGAAGGCAGCUUUCUGGUCCGCUUCGUCUCGCGCUUUACCCAGGAGAUCUUCUCCUUCCUCAUCUCCCUCAUCUUCAUCUACGAGACCUUCUCGAAACUGGGCAAGAUCUUUCAAGAGCAUCCUCUCCAACGCUGUUACCUGGUCAACGACACAUGGACAUCAUCAUCAUGCAACAACACUGUGGUUGGCGUGCCUGGCAAGGUGGUGGGGGAGCCCAACACAGCCCUCCUGACGUUGGUCCUAAUGUCCGGAACGUUCUUCAUUGCGUUCUACCUGCGCAAGUUCAAGAACAGUGCCUUUUUCCCAGGCAAGCUCCGUAGGAUGAUUGGAGACUUCGGGGUUCCCAUCGCGAUUCUCAUCAUGGUGUUGGUGGACUACAGCAUAAAAGACACCUACACCCAGAAGCUAAACGUCCCCACAGGCUUCUCGGUGACCAGUCCUGAAAAGCGGCGGUGGCUGAUCCCCCCACUGGGCUCGGACGGACAGUUCCCUGUCUGGAUGAUGGCCACCAGCAUCUUACCUGCCCUGCUCGUCUUCAUCCUCAUCUUCAUGGAGACACAGAUCACCACGCUGAUAGUCAGUAAGAAGGAACGGAUGCUGUUGAAGGGCUCCGGCUUCCACCUGGACCUGCUCAUCAUCGUGGUCAUAGGUGGGGUUUCGGCCCUGUUCGGUCUGCCCUGGUUGGCCGCCGCCACCGUGCGUUCUGUUACUCACGCAAACGCCCUUACCGUCAUGAGCAAGGCGGUGGCCCCCGGCGACAAGCCCCGUAUCCAUGAAGUGAAAGAGCAGAGGGUGACGGGCUUCCUCGUAGCGCUGUUUGUCGGUUUGUCCAUUGUGAUCGGAGAUCUCCUGCGUCAGAUCCCCAUCGCUGUGCUCUUUGGGAUCUUCCUCUACAUGGGCGUCAUGUCCCUCAACGGUAUCCAGCUCACCGAGCGCAUGCUGCUGCUUUUUAUGCCUCCCAAGUAUCAUCCUGACCACACUUAUGUCCGCAAGGUGAGGACCCUGCGCAUGCAUCUGUUCACGGGGAUCCAGCUGGUGUGUCUGGCGGCGCUGUGGACAGUUAUGUCCACCGUGGCUUCGCUGGCCUUCCCCUUCGUCCUCAUCCUCACCGUACCCAUCAAAUGGUUCCUAUUGCCCCACAUCUUCACCACGCGUGAGAUGCAGUGUUUGGAUGCAGAUGACGCAGAACCUAAGUUUGAUGAGAGGGAGGGACAGGAUGAGUACACAGAGAUGGUGCCAACGUGAUGGACGUUCUGCCAACCAAUAUACACCCUAGCCCUACAGUAUACUCCAGGAAGUUAUUCAAACCCACCAAAUCCUUUGUUUGUUCACCUGAUAUUUUAUAACGCACCACUGAUGGUUUGAAAUGUUUUACUCAUUUUAUAUUUAAUUGUCUUGAAAGCUUUUUAGGGUCCCAACUCCCAAAUCAUGUUUUUUUGUCUAUUUUCACUAUAUUGCUUUUUUGGAAGGUAGAUUUGUCCUUCGAAAUAAUUUGAGUUACAAUGUCGAUUCAUGUUUUUAGGUAUCUUUGGGGUGUGUUUUAAUGUCAGGUGGGAGUUUGAAUUGCUAUGUGUCAAAGACUAGAGCCCAAUUCCAAGUCUCCACCUUCUGCUCAAAGUGUGCAUCGGAAUUGGGCUUUUAGCAGAAACCACAUCCGCUGAGGUCGUGACCUAAGAAGAAGCACUUUAUUACGAUAGGAUCAGUACAGAUGUAGUAUACGUCUUAUCACAUUGUACUGAUAAAUACAUACAACAUAGUCAUAGACAAACAUUUACCAUUCAGUCUAGUUCCCACGGUUAGGCGUAUCAUUGUAGUAGUCUUUAGAAUGUUACAUAUUUAUUACUACUAUGGUACAUUUUUCAUUCAAGAGUGGGUAAAAUGUACACUACAUGGCUCUCAAUUCACAUGAUUUUACAUGGCCCUCCAGUAUGGCAAAUUAAUUUAAUUAAUUUUGUAGCUUCACUGAGAAGCACUUACUAUAAUGCACACUUGACAGAAGUAAAAGCAACAAAAACUUGAUAAAUCUAAUGGUCCCCCAUCAAAAGGGCAACUAGGCCACGCUCAGUUAAUUGUUGUUUUCAAUGAGGAUGGUUUCUGUGCCUAUUCCAAUUGCCUUUAGUCCAAUACAAUAUGUUUAACUUGUACUGUACCUCAAAUUGCUUAAAUACAAGAGUAGAAAAGCUUUGCAUUAUAGAGCAAUCAACCAAUCAUUUGCAGUGUGUGUUUUUGGGGCCUGUCCAACUCUCUUUCGGCAAAUAGCAUGUGACUGUGACACCAUUAUAACUUUAUGUAUAAUACGGUUUGAAUGGUAUUUGUAUUUAUUAUGGAUCUCCAUUAGCUGCUUCCAAAGCAGCAGCUACUCUUCCUGGGGUCCAGCAAAAUAAAGGCAGUUUAUACAAUUGUAAAAACAUUACAAUACAUUCACAGAAUUCAAAACACACUGUGUACCCUCAGGCCACUACCACAUAUCUAUAAUUCUAUAUCCAUGUGUAUGUAUAGUGCGUAUGUUAUCAUGUAUGUAUGCAUGUGUCUGUGCCAAUGUUUGUGUUGCAUCACAGUCCCCGCUGUUCCAUAAGGUGUUUUUUUGGUCUGUUUUUUAAACCUAAUUUUACUGCUUGCGUCAAUUACUUGAUGUGGAAUAGAGUUCCAAGUAGUCAUGGCUCUAUGUAGUAAUGUGUGCCUCCCAUAGUCUGUUCUGGACGUGGGGACUGUGAAGAGACCUCUUGUGGCAUGUCUUGUGGGGUAUGCAUGGGUAUCCGAGCUGUGUGCCAGUAGUUUAGACAGACAGCUCGGUGCAUUCAACAUGUCAAUACCUCUCAUAAAUAAACGUAGUGAUGAAGUCAAUCUCUUAUCCACUUUCAGCCAGGAGAGAUUGACCUGCAUAUUACUAAUAUUAGCUCUCUGUGUACAUCGAAGGGUCAGCCGUGCUGCCCUGUUCUGAGCCAGUUGCAAUUUUCCUAAGUUGUGGCAAAUGUUCCUUUUGUAGCACCUGACCACACGAUUGAACAGUAGUCAAGGUGCGACAAAAUUAGGGCCUGUAGGACCUGCCUUGUUGAUAGUGUUGUUAAGAAGACAGAGCAUCGCUUUAUUGUAGACAGACUUCUCCCCAUCUUAGCUACUACUGCAUCAAUAUGUUUUGACCAUGACAGUUUACAAUCUAGGGUUAAUCCAAGCUGUUAGCUUGUGACCGUGAUAGUUGAGAUGACUAUUUGCCACUCUUGAAUUUAAGAAAUUUGAGGUACAAUACAAGUUAUACAUAUUGUACUGGACUAAAGUCAAUUGGAAUUGAAAUGUUUUAUACAGUACAUGGAUCCAUCUCUGGGUAGCCGAACGUUUGGUACGUGUAGGUGGUAACCAGGUUUGACACUGUUGUUUAAAAGCAGCCCUUAUUCAAAUUGAUUCAUUAUUUGCAAUUGAAUGAAUACAACCCUAGACAGAAAGUAGCACUACAGUACCCCAUUGUGUAUAUUUAGGAUGAUAGACAGGGGAAGCCUUCAUUAAUUAAUUUGGCAAUCUGUGCCUAAGAAAGUAAAUCCUAUCCUGUGGGACCUAUCCUGUGGGACUGACAAACCACAUUAUAUUAUUUGAAGAGCAGGUACUGUAAGUCGCUUUCCACCGAUCACUUGCUGCUUAGAUCUCACCAUUGUGCUUCUCCAAAUAUGUUAAAGAUGUUUGGUCCCAUUUACCUACGUAGUCUUUCAUACCUGAAUACACUACAUACCAUGAUUUACUUGGUUUUCACUGUUGUGCACUCCUAGUUGUAUAGUCUUGGUUUAACUGUCUGAACAACAGUAUGUACAGUAUGCCCGGCUUUAAUGUACAGUAAACAAAAGUAGUAGACAUUCUAUUCAAUACAAAUUAAGGUAUUUUUAAGUAUGCACGUCCUUUUGGGCCUCAGUAGCUAAUCAUGUCUAUAAAGCCAAUGAGGAUAGUCCAUUAAUAACAGCUGUUUCCAUCUUAAAAUGUCCCUGAAUGUGUUGUAACAUACACAGUCAUAAUACACGUUAUUGAGAUUCUGUCUACUUUCUACCACAAAGUUAAACAUCAUACCGUUGCACUGAAAAAUUACAGUUUGCAAGUAUUUCAAAAGUGUGUAGUAGGAAGACUGUGUCUCAUUGAAUCGCUGCAAAGGAAGAGCGGUGGCUGCCGUGUCUGCGUUUGUUGUCAUCAUGUGGUCCAAAUUGCCUCCUUUGCAGAUUUGCUUGCUGUUGUUGCAGUUUUCAAUUGGUGUGCUUUGUCAAGUUCACCAGGUCAUAUCCUCUUUCCACUCAAAAUACAAUGUGAGAGAACAUAAGAUACCACAAAUACAAAUAUUUUAGCAUAUUUCUGGAUGCUAGCUUUGCAAUGAAAUUGGGGAGAAAAAGUGUAAAAAUAUAUAUAUAUUUAACAUUGCUUUGGGAUAAUUAACUGCAAAUAGUAUAGCAUGAGUGAGAAAUAAAAAAAAUAUAUAUAUUACAUACAAAUAUAUACAUAUAUUUUGUUAGGAAACAAUCAUGGUUCAAGUGCUUUGGCUUUAGCUACAUUGCAAGAUGUUAAAAGUAGACAAUCUGCCUUGCUCUUAUACAUUUCAGGUUUGUAGAAUGACAAAAAUGGACUGAUUUUAAAUGUUAUUUUUGUAUAUAUGUAAAUGUCUAUUGAUGAAAUGAAACUGAAAGUUGUGUUUUCUUUUCUAUUUGCAAGGAUGUGUCUGUCCCUGUACAAAAGUAUGUGUAAAGUGGUUAAGGGAGAGAUACCUAAAAAUGAUCAAUUUAAAGUAGACAUUCAUAUUAAGGAUAGGCCAUAUAAAUGAUGUAUGGUACACUUUCUUCUUGUCAUCAUCAUACUGUAUGAUCUAUCACCUAAACACCCAAAAAGAACAUGUGUAUCAGUCACUAACCGGCAAAGUUUGAAAUAAAAAUAUAAUGAGUCCAUGACAAAUUAAA